CCAAAAUAAGUAACACUUCCCUCAGUAGGACUGAUAGUAAAUUUGGUUGCUUCGUGUUGUUUGAUAUUGAAGAUGGAGAUAUGGUUUCUCGAAAACAUACCAUAAAAACGCAAGGUACCUUCAUUCUUAUUGUCUAUCAUAUUAUCAUUAUACUCAGACCUAUAGCUUAACUGUCUCUUGUUCCCUUGACCUAGUAUUAAUACCUUGACAUACAUCGCACCUUCCUGUCUGGAUCUCUUGUCAUUAUUGCUACUGCCUCAAACUCACUCCAAUUUCAUCAUUGGUUAGAUUCGAUAAUUAAGGUUUCUCUAACUCCAGCAUAUCAGUCACUACUGUUCAUCAAAGAUGGCUCAAACUAUGAUUAAUGAGAGAAACCCUUCUCCUCGUGAUUACUCUCCAAACCCAUCAACGUAUAACUCGGAAAAGGCAACAAUGACGGAUAAAGAGGACCAUUCACAAUUAGCGGAUGUUAAUGAAACAGGGCAUGUUCAAGAAGUGGAACGUAAUUUCUCUUUGCUUUCUAUAUGCUCAGUCGGUCUGGUCACCGGGAAUACUUGGGCUGCGUUGGGUGGUAGCAUUGCUACAGCAAUUUAGUAAGUUACUUGCUAUCAAGUAAAGACAAGACUAACAUAUCAAAAAGUAAUGGAGGUCCACCGGGUGUCUUGUAUGAGUUCAUUGCUGUUUCAAUGUUUUAUUGGCUUAUCGCAGCUUCUUUGGCUGAAUUGGCUUCAUCAAUGCCUAGUAGUGCUGGAGUAUAUCACUGGGCAUCAAUCACUCCAGGUCCGAAAUAUGGCAGAAUUUGUGGUUGGUUCGCGGGCUGGUGGAAUACAUUUGCUUGGAUUUGUGGUGCAGGUAAGUCAAUCCUAUUGGUUUCUUAAAAUUAUCUAACAAUCAGUAGCAACCAUGUCAUCUAUUGCCUCAAACAUUGCUGUCGCGAUGUAUGGUCUUUAUCAUCCUGGCUAUGUACCGGCAAGGUGGCACAUUUUUAUUGGUUACAUUAUCGUAACUUGGAUCUCCUGCUCUAUAGUCUUAUUUGCAAAUCGAGCUCUUCCAAUGAUCAACAACAUUGGUCUUGCUUUCAUUCUUGGUGGUGUUUUGUAAGCUCUCAUCUGCUAAACGUUUGCAGCAUCUAGCUAACUUUUUGUUUUAGUAUCACGGUUGUGGUUUGUGCGGUUAUGCCAUCUGAAACAGGACGUGCCACUCAUUCUUUCGUCUGGACCGACUGGGUUAAUGAUACUGGCUACUCCAAUAAUGGAUUUGUUUUCCUCGCAGGCAUGCUGAAUGGUGCUUAUGCUAUUGGCACACCUGACUGUGUCUCUCAUUUGGCAGAGGAAAUUCCAAAUCCCAAGCGCAACAUACCUCUUGCAAUCGCUGCUCAAAUGACUAUUGGUUUCGUCACCGCCUUUAUAUAUACGAUAGCCAUCUGUAAGUUAUCGCUUUUCAUGUAUCUCUUUCCUAUUUCUGCCAUUCCGUCGAAUAAUGUUUUCAAAGAAUGCUAAUCCUUCAUAAGUAUAUGCAACUACAGAUCUAGAUGCUGUCUUGGCCGCGCCAUUUUUUCCGCUUACUCAAAUAUAUUCACAGGCCACAGGUACUACAGCUGGAACGACUGGUUUACUUUUCGUGAUUUUCUUUCCGAUUUUCUGUACCCUUAUCGGAACAUAUAUCACUGCUGGAAGAUGCCUUUGGACUCUAGCCCGUGAUGGCGCAGUCCCAUAUUCUAGCUGGCUACACGUAAUAGAUUCGCAUGAAGAUCCACGGGACAAAAGUCCUUUCAACGCAACCAUCGCAUGUGGUAUCUGGAGUACUGUACUUGGUGCUAUAUAUGUUGGUUCGUCAACAGCUUUCAACGCAUUCGUUGGAUCCUUCGUCGUUCUUCUCUCUCUCUCAUACCUGGCCGCGAUCCUCCCAUUUAUCUUCACAGGUCGUUUCGCUCAAUCAACUCAAGCAUCAGGCGCUUAUAACAAUAGAAUGGUUCCGGGUUGGUUCGUAAUGAACAAUUUUGUGGGUUACAUUGUCAAUGUUAUCAGCUGUCUCUACAUCAUCGUGUUUGUGGUUAUAUAUUGUUUCCCUUAUGCGGUGCCAUUUAAUGCUGCAAGCAUGAAUUAUUCCUGCCUUAUUGCAGGUGCCCUAUCCCUCACAGCGGUUGUUUGGUGGUUAGUCAAAGGCGGCAGUUAUAAGGGACCUCAAGCUGGCGUUCAUGGUCAGCUGUAAACUGACAAUGAUCGGCAUAUGUUGAGUGUUAUUUCCAUUGGGGAUUUUAAUGGUUUUCGAAAACCGCUGAAGACUGAGCUCAAACAAUGACUGGAGGUUUUGAUGUAGUUGUUUCUUGAUUUUCUUUUUUGGCGGGCAAAAGCAAAGAAUUGUUUUGGAAGUUUCGGUGCUUUUUUCUUCGGAGUUUAGACUUUAACGAAUUAUUGUUCAUUUCACAAGCAACAAGAAUCAGCGGCCUAGAUUCAGUUUGCAAUAUCGGAUUCUGGACGUUAUAU